AUGUCUAGACACCAUCCCGAUCUGGUGCUGUGCAUGAAGCAGAGCGGCACUCGUGUGGGCCGUCUGUGUGAAAAGUGCGACGGCAAGUGCCCUGUCUGCGACUCGUUUGUGCGACCUACCACCUUGGUCAAGGUCUGUGAUGAGUGCAGUUUUGGCAAGUUGGAGGAUCGGUGUAUUAUUUGCGACGGAUAUGCGGUGGCGGACGCUUAUUACUGCUUUGAAUGCACACGACUGGAAAAGGACAGAGAUGGCUGUCCGAAGAUCAUCAACGUCGGAGGCAGCCGGACGGACCUGCAUUUCCAGAGAAAGAAGGAGGGACAGAGGUAA